AUGUCUACAACCAGCUCAAUGUUCCUCACCUUGACUCCAGCGAUGCCUCACGUUGAGAACAGCAACCACGUGCCGGGACCAAUUGACCACGUUACCUUGAACCUAGCCGUGGAGUCUCUUACCUAUCAUAUCGUGUCUGGAGACACGCUCGUGCCUAUAGCCAAAAGUCUCAGGGAAGCAUCUGUUGGGGACGAGUCUUCUGUCAGCCAAAGCAAGGGCUCUUUUACCGAACAGAUUAAGGCAUACCCGCCUCCCAUGAGUGACACGUCCACGGACAGCGAGUCCGUACUCUCUGUGGAGAACCACCUUGACAACCCGAUUCUACCUGCUGUUCAUAGCGACAACCGUGAUAUAGCGGCCACGAUCCUCCCCAGCGAGUUCCUAUCACCUGCCACAAUUCUUAAGCGUCGCCUUGAAACCACCAAGGAUCUGAUCGUCUGUCCAGGGGUCUACGAUGGGUUCUCUGCUCGGAUUGCUCUUUCUGUUGGUUUCGACGCGUUGUAUAUGACAGGUGCAGGCACCACAGCCUCUCGCCUCGGCCAACCCGACCUCGGCCUUGCACAGCUCAGCGACAUGCGUGCGCAUGCCGACAUGAUUGCCAACCUUGAUCCUUAUGGUACACCAUUAAUCGCAGACAUGGAUACUGGCUAUGGCGGGCCCAAUACGAUCACGCUGGCAGUCCAGCAAUACAUCCGGGCCAACGUCGCCGGCUUCCAUAUUGAGGACCAAGUUCUUACCAAACGAUGCGGUCAUCUUUCCGGCAAGAAAGUCGUCAGCGCAGACGUAUACCUUUCUCGCAUCCGCGCCGCCAAAGGUGCCAUCGAGAAAGCACGCUCGGAUAUCGUGCUUAUCGCUCGUACGGAUGCAUUGCAACAGCUCGGAUACGACGAGUGUGUUGCUCGUUUACACGCGGCUCGUGCCCUGGGCGCUGAUGUGGGAUUGCUGGAAGGCUUCAGGAGUAAAGAGCAGGCGGCGCAAGCUGUCAAAGAGUUUGCACCGUGGCCUUUGCUUCUCAACAUCGUCGAAAACGGUCACAGUCCGUUGAUAACCGUUGAUGAAGCACGCGAAAUGGGGUUUCGCAUAAUCAUCUUCUCGUUUGCGGGUUUGGCACCUGCUUAUGGGGCGAUCAAGGGGGCUUACGAGAAACUAAAAACAGAGGGCGUGACAGGUAUUCAGGGAAGUGGUGUCACUCCGAGGGGAAUCUUUGAUGUGUGUGGGCUGCGGGAUUGUAUGCGGAUUGAUGAGGAGGCCGGAGGGGAAGACUUUAAAGACGGUGUUUAG